CGAGGCGACCUGCUCCACAUCGGGUAACCGAGGAAGAACUGCGCACUGCGGCUUCUGAUCCACCGCUCAUCUGGAGGAGGAACCGACCUGUUGGGUGACUUGGAGGUGUGUGUGUGUGAACCAGGAUGAAAGGUGCGUCAGAGCGUGUGUGAGCCAAUGGCGUCCACGUUGUCCCAGCUGCAGUUCGGCCGGCUGCGAGGUCUUCGAGCCAGAGUGCUUCGGCGCUACGAGCACCGGCCUUUGGUGUCGUGUCUGUCCGGUCUGUACGGCUGCAAGUGGCGGCGCUACGAGAAGAGCCGGGCUCAGCCGGGAGACUGCUGCUGCAACACGUUGGAAGGUGUCAGCUUUGCUCUGCUCGUGGCGGCUUUCUGCCUAACGCUGGUGUUUCUCUACUUCUGGGGGCAAGCGAAGAACGACUACAAUGACUUUGACUGGUUUAACUUCGGGAAUCUGGGCUUCUGGUUUCCGUGGUCUGUGGUGCUGCUGGUCAUCGCUGCAGGCUUCUUCACCUACGUCACUGUACUCAUGCUGCUGGCUGUGUGUUUGUUGUCAGAGGGCCAGAAGCUUUAUUUACACUGGAGUCACAAGAUCGGGAUCCUGGUGAGUCUGACGUUCUCCAUCGCAGCCACCGCCGUCUUAUCCGACCUGUGGAGUAAAGAAUGGACGACUUUACUACUUUCCUUCCAGGUCACGGCGCCUUAUUUACACGUGGGUGGAGUGUUGCUGGUGACGGCGCUGGCCUGGCCGAUAGCUUUGCAUUUCUUUCGCAUGAACAGCAGAGUAAGGCGGGGGCUGAUCAUGGGGGUGUACCUGACCAUCCUGUCUGCCCUCUACUUGGUGCCCCUCGGUUUGUAUUCUCCUUGUAUCAAAGAGGACGGCACCCUGGGGCCCGCACCGGCCCUCAUCGGCCACAGAGGAGCACCCAUGCUCGCUCCAGAAAACACGCUGAUGUCAUUUGAGAAGGCGGUGGAAGCAGGAAGUGAAGGUCUGGAGACGGACGUCACUGUUAGCUCUGACGGGGUUCCCUUCCUGAUGCAUGACCACACGCUGCAACGAACCACCAACAUCCACGAGGUCUUCCCCAACCGGACCGACACCCCGGCGGCCAUGUUCACCUGGGCCGAGCUGGAGAGCCUGAACGCCGGAGCCUGGUUCCUCUCGCACAACCCGUUCGGUACAGCCGGCUCUCUGGGAGCGGACGACCGACUGCGGGCAGGAAAACAGCCUGUGUGCAGCCUGCGGGCCUUCCUCCAGCUGGCAGCUCAGAAAGACAAACUGGUGAUCUUUGACCUCUACCGUCCACCCAGAGGUCACCCUUACAGAGAUACCUGGAUCCAACGCACGCUGGAGGUCAUCCAGAACGAGUCCUCCAUUCACUCCUCGCAGGUGUUGUGGCUGCCGUCAGACCUGCGGGCUCUGGUCCAGGAGCUCGAUCCUGAGCUCCAGCAGACAUCAGGCAGUCGGCUCCCUCUAGAGGAGCUCCAGAGGAACCACAUCGUCAAACUCAACCUGCACUACAGCUCCAUGUCCACCGAGCUCACUAGUGAGUACGCUGCAGUGAACAUCACCACCAACCUGUAUGUGAUCAGCCAGCCGUGGCUCUACUCUCUGGCCUGGUGUAGUGGAGUCCACUCGGUCACCACCAACGCUCCCCAGCUCCUCAGCACCAUGAGCUCCCCUCUCUUCCUCAUGAGUCCAGAUGAGUAUAAUCUGAUGUGGAUUCUAACUGAUCUGGCGUCCCUCCUGCUGAUCCUCCUCAUCUUCAUCUUUCACUGGUGGCGAGAGCGAGGACUGACUUUCUCCUCAGGAAGCAAAAUCAUGCUGGACAACGGCACUUAUAGCAAGUUUAAGACAGAGCUGAGUGAUAUAUGGUCGGUCUCCAGUGCGAACUCCCAGGCAGAGAAGACGAUCAACCUGGCGACUGUGACCGAGCACUGAUCAUCUGCCUCUGAGAGGAGCCUCAUACUGCCAACCUGUAAUGUCUCAGAACAACAUUUUAUCAAGUGCACUUUGUUUCAGUGAAAUA